AUGUAGUGCUGAAAUGUACUAAAUGUGAAAAUAAUAAUAUAAAAGUUGGUUGGUGUUCAUCAUGCGAAGGAGCAAGUUAUAGAGAAAAAUUUAAUGAAUGGACAAGUGGUAAUCAAGAAAUUGAUGAAAUUAUCCAAAACACUCAAUUAAAUCCUGAAUUUCCUGAAAAAAAUUUAGAAUGGAUUGAUUAUCAGGAGUUUAGUGAGAAAAGCAAGCUUGGAGAGGGUAAUUUUGGAAUAGCUUAUUCUGCAGAAUGGUAUAAAGGACCUCGGAAUUUAUAUGACAAAGAAACAAAUAGGUGGGUUCGAAGAGGUCCAACGAAAGUGGUAUUAAAAAUCUUAGAUGAUAUAACUAAUUUCCAAAAUUUUUUAUAUGAGCUCACUGCUAUAAUAAAUACUAGUGAUCCUCUGCACAUUGUAAGGACCUUUGGUAUUACUAAGGAGCCUGAACAUAAUAAAUACGUAGUUGUGAUGGACAUGUAUAUUAAUGGUGAUUUAUUUAAUUUUUUUAAAGAGAAGGAAGAUCUUAAAAAUCUUGAGAGAUUCGCAAUACUGGGCUGGAUUGCAGCUGGAUUAUAUAUUAUUCAUGAAAAAAACCAAAUACACAAUGAUUUACAUUCUAGUAAUAUUUUGAUAAAAUAUAAUAGUGAUCCUAAUUUUGAAGGGCCUAGAUACCUUGGUUUAAUUGCUGAUUUUGGACAAUGUAGAACAGUUAACAGCGCAUCUACAGGCGAGAUAAUUGGCGCCAGAGAGUAUAUCGCUCCUGAAAUACUUGAAACACUUCAAUACAGUCAAUACACAAAAAAAUCUGAUAUUUAUAGUUUUGGGAAAAUUAUUGAAGAUGUCUUUCCAGAUAACAUGUCAAUUCUAAUGAAGGUAUUAAAGAAAAGCUGUACAAAUAGAUCGCCUUCUGAUAUGAAAAAUGUUUUUAUUUUCCUUAAAGAGGUGGUGGUGUAUUAUGAAUUUGGACCUGAUCAAUUUUUUGAUAUAUUUCGAAAGAAGCUUGACGAAUUGAAUUCAGUAAAACAGGAGUUAAAUAGACAAAACUAUAUUGAUUCUAGUAUGAAAGAUAGGCUGAUUACAAGCAUGAAUAACUUACUCCUUGCUGUUCCAAUAGAAAAGCCCCAAUUUUCGUAUGAAUGCCAUGUUUUGAUCUCUAUUCUCAAAAAUUCUGAUAUAAUAUCUAUCAAUGGAAUACUUAUCGAUAAAAUGGAUGCGAUUAUUGAAUAUCUUUCCAUAUAUCUAUAUUGGUUUGAUAGGGUCCAAAAUUACGUUCCUGAAUCAGAUCCUAAAAACAUUCAGCCUAACAGCUCUAAAAGUCCAAUAGAUCAAACAAUUUUAUCCGAUCGCGAUCAAGUCUUUAUUGAACUGUAG